CCGGCUUAACAACUCAACUGUCAUUGUUUACAUUUUCUCAUUGCAUGGAUGCGAUUUAGUGGUCUGAUAAGUUUUGGUCUGUGAUAUUUAAUGUAUCGUCGAAUAAUGACCGAGAUGGACGUUAAAUUAGGCAUCCGGCAAACUUUAGCCAAAAUUGAGGAAGCUCAUGCAAAGCGAGUACAGACUAUGAACGUUCCAAAACCACUGCUGGUUGCAGUUAGCAAGACCAAACCCGUUGAGAUGAUAUUGGAUGGUUACUCCGUGGGUCAGCGCGACUUUGGUGAGAACUACGUUCAGGAGCUUAUUGAAAAAGCAAAUGAUUCCAGAAUUCUCGAACAGUGUCAGGAUAUCCGAUGGCACUUUAUUGGGCAUUUGCAAAGCAACAAAAUCAAUAAGAUAGUAAACCUUCCAAAUUUGUACAUGAUCGAAACCGUACACAACACGAAAUUGGCUGAAAGUUUGAAUAAAGCGUGGGAGAAAGUGAAAACUGAAAAACCAGACAGGAACAAACUCAAUGUGUUGAUUCAAAUUAACACCAGCGGAGAAGAUGAAAAAAAUGGCACCGAACCAUCAGAGGCUGUAAAUUUAUAUCGAUUCGUUACCGAAAAGUGUCCCAAUUUGAACUGUCAAGGAAUCAUGACGAUCGGGCGUUUAGGACAUGACUACACAGCUGGUCCCAAUCCGGAUUUUAUAGAGCUUAUAAAAUGUCAUCAAGACAUAUGCAGCACCUUCGAAAAGAAUCCUACCGAGCUACAGGUAUCGAUGGGAAUGUCAGGCGACUUUGUCCAAGCGAUUGAGAUGGGCAGCACAAUUGUACGCGUAGGCAGUUCUAUUUUUGGGGUCAGAGCGAAGAAACUCGAAGUAUAGGAAUUUGUUUGCUACUAGCACACACGGGCGCAAGUCUAGCCGGAUUGCCAUUAUUAUUUGACCGAUUCGUCAUAUGGAAUUGGGUUUUGUUAGUUAUUUUCGAUUAAAGAAACAGUUUAGAUUGAAAAUAUAGAAAAUAUUUUUCAAUAAGAUGAUCUUUCUGUAUGCAUCGAGAAAAUCAAUAUAUAGUACUUAGAACAGUUAUAAAA